AUUCCGAGGUCAUAGGCAUAGAUUAAAUUGCAAAAAUAUUAAAAAAAAACUGAUUGAUUUUAUGCCGUAGAGUUUGUUUAUUACUCCAAGUUUCAUACAAAGAUUGAAACUGAUAGUGAAAAUUUUCUCAUUCAAUGUGUUAUGACUUUUGUACUGAAAUAAAUUAAAAUAAUGUUUCUUCUAAUAGGAAAUAACUCAACAUAUUAUCUUACAAAGGAUGGAACGUUCAGGAUAGGGAGACAUGUAGGAGAUAUAAUAAUAGGGCAUUCUACUAUUAGUAGGAAGCACGCAGAGAUUACUGUCGAGAAUAAUGAAGCCUUUCUUCAGGAUUGUAAAUCCAAAUACUUCACAAAAUAUAAAGGAAAUAUUUUAAUGAUUAAUGAUCAAGUAAAAUUGGAGGAUGGAGCAGAAAUAAUUUUUGGGGAAGUAAAGUUUAGGGUCAAAAUAGAAGAAAAGUUCAUUACUUGUUCAACAGGAGUUAAAGAAAAUGAAGAAGAACUUUGUUCGAUCAUAAAAGAACUAGGUGGUGAAUAUUUGAAAGAUUGGAAUGAUACAUGCACUCAUUUAACAACAGCAGAAAUUAUGGUUACUUUGAAAGUUUUACAUGCUAUAAUGGACAAUAAGAAGAUAGUGACUCCUAACUUUUGGAGAAGUUAUCUCAAUAAUUUGAGAGAAAUGAAAUUACCACCUGAUCCAUCUGAAUUUUAUCCACCGUUAGGAGAGAGUAUGAUACAUUCCAAAUAUCUGGAUUAUAACCCCAAUAGAAAAACUAUAUUCACUAAUAAAACAUUUGGAUUUUGGAAAAAGAGAAGAAGUAUGCAAGAUAUAAUUUCUAAAGCAGGUGGAAAAUCUGUAUAUCUACUAUCAGCUGGUAAAAAUGAAUCAGAGCUUAUGGAACUUAUAGAAAAUUGUAUUCUGAUGGAUCCAGAGGACACAAAUAUUGAAAAAAAAAAUUCUGUUUUUCUUGAGGCAUACAAGAAGAAUGGGAGAAGGGUUAUUCCUAUCCAAGAAAUUGUUUUGGCAAUUUUGCAGUGUUCAUGCAAGGAAAACUGUAAUCCCUAUUUUAAUAGAGCACAGACAGUUUUCACUAGGGAAAAUGUAAAACCUGGUCCAUCUAAAGUAGUAAUUGGAGAAACUGAAUGUUUUCAGUUUGACUGUGAGAAGGAACAAAAGCCUAAAGUUAUUCCAUCUUCUAUUGAUUUUGAAAAUGACUCAAAUACCCAAUAUAACUUUCAAAAUGAAGGAAAUAACACUCAAAAAGAGUUAGAUAUAAAUGUGACAGAGCAGAAUGACGAAUUACCACAAAAAACUAGGGCUACUAGAAGGAUGGAAUUGGACCUUGAAAUAGUUGAGACGUCAAAGAAGAGUAAAUUAAAUAUGUUCAAAAGGCCUGCACAAGACUCACUUGCUAAUCUCCCCAAAAAAGUAAAGGAAGAACGAGAAAAUUUGCAGUUGAAUCCCUUUUUCAACAUGAAAUCAAGUAUAAGAAGUGGAAAAGAAUCAACAUCAAAAGAGAAUAUUGAUUUGGACAUGUCAAAUAAUCCGUUUGGACAAAUUCAAUUGAAAAGAGCCAUUAAAAAUGAGACUGCAACAGACAAUUUUGUCAUAGCAAAUGAUAGAAAUUCAGACUCCAAUAAUGAUAAUUCAAAAAAGAGGAAAUGUGAAGACAUUUUAGAUUCUGUAAUUUCAGAAAAACGUACAAAAAUUAUUUGUAAGAAAAAUCGCAAAUUUGUAAGAGUAGAAUCUAUUGAUUUUUCAAAUAUGAAUCAUUCAGUCUCAAGUGGAUCUUGGUUUGAUAAGACCAUCAAGACAGAUAUAAAACCAACACUUGAAAAUUUUGAUGAGAAUGAACAGAAAUGGUGUGAAAGAUUUAACAAUUCUGUUGUUAUUGUGGCAAAAAAUUUGUGGAGAAAAGAUAUGUCAAAUUCCAGUAUCUCAUCUAAUUUAACUCAUCGAACCAACGAGAAUAAUUUCAAAAAAUUUCGAAAAGUGGCUGUGCCAAAGACGGAUCAUAUUAUUAAAUGUUCGAAAAUUGUCUUUGGGAAAUCAAAUCUGGGAAUUGACUACCAAUAUUCAGAUGAUGAAGAUAAUAGAAAUAUGUGAACUUUGUUUUUAUAUUUAUUAUAAAUGUGUAUUAUAUUUAUAUUAAUGGUAACUCAUUAAAUAUUUUCUUGAUGUU